AUAGUGGACACUGUUCAAAGAAGUCCAUUUAGAUUUAAAAUCACAAUGAAUAUAAUAUUUUUUUUAUUUCUAUACAUACAAAUGUGUUUCGCGUUUGAUAUUCCUCAAACAUGCAAAACAGACUUGACUAUAGAUAAAGAUCAUUACAAUGUAACAAAGACGUAUAACACCGGAGACGCGAUACCGACGGACGCGCAUUUCGACGGCAAAGGGAAUUUGUUUUUCGUCGUUUUCGGUCGGAAUUUCAACGGAUACUAUUACGACGUGAAAGUUAUUAAGCGCAACUCGUCUGAAGCCGAAACCGUGCCUGGUUUACCCGAAAGAGAGAGCUACUCCAUUGCGGUGGACAAAAAAGAAUCCAAAGUUUAUUUCGGAACGAGCAAAGGGAUCUACGCCUACAACUACGAGUCUCAAGAAGCGAUUUUAAUCAACAAACCGGACAUACAACUAAACUCAUUGCUUGUAGAUAAAGACGGCAAUAAAUACAUAACCGGCAGGCCCGACGGCUUCGAACAGUUGUACCUAUUGGCAGGCAACGAGAAAAUCCAUUACAAAGGAUUCGACGCUCUCGACGAAGUCGCCGUGGAUGACAAAAACAAUUUCUAUUACAUCAGAGAAGAAAAGUUCUUCGUUCUAAAGUCAAAUUUAUCGCAUUCCGUCUACAUCGGUAACGUUUCGUACGAAGGGUUGGGUCAAAUAACAUUUCACCAAGAUAAUGUGUUCGUUGCGAGCAAAACAUUGUCUUAUAUCCAUAAAAACGAUACCGGGCCGAUGAAACGAGUCAGCGGUACACCGGAAGUGACGGCGAUAGCGUUCGAUCGUGUUGGUAAUUUUGUACUAGGGACGAAGGGAAAACUAUUGAAGUAUGAGGCGAAAGAGUGCUAUCAAAGAAAGAAUUAAUAGACCUUUCACGAGAGUAGGUUAAAAAUUAAAAACAUAACUUUAAUAAUUUAGUCUAUGUAAGUAUAGCUGAAUCAUGUAACCUAAUGGAAUAUAGUAAAGAGUGUGUA